CUAAUCUGUAAAUUUUAUUUUAGUAAGCUUCAUGUCAAGCGAGAACUCCAGGUCAGAGGUUUGAACCAACGGAGUUUCACCAUCGACUGUUGCUUCAAAUAAACAAGAUGCCCUUCCGCGGUGAUAUUUACUACUUUGGAGCAGGCCCGGCCCCGCUACCUACUCCAGUGCUCGAGGAGGCUUCCAAGGUCCUGCUCAACUACAAGGAUGGUGGCAUUGGGAUCACAGAAAUCUCGCACAGAAGUGCAGAUGCAAAUGAGAUACUCUCCCAUGCGAAAUCGGGUCUUCGUCAACUGCUUGAUAUCCCCGAGUCCGACGGCCCAGAUGGAUAUCAGAUUCUCUUUCUCCACGGGGGUGGUAGCGGAGAGUUCAGUGCCGUCGUGUACAAUCUCGUCAGCGUGUGGGUUGCGAAGCAGCAGAAGCAGCUCAACAUUGAUAUCAAUGACGAAAGCAGUCUGCAAAGGUUGAGAGAACGUGUGGCUCAGAUGAAGCUCGAUUACCUCGUUACUGGUUCUUGGUCACUCAAAGCUUCUCAGGAGGCGGCACGGCUGAUGGGCAGUGAACAUGUCAACGUUGUCAGUGAUUCCCGGAAACAUAGAGAAGGCAAGUUCGGCCUCAUUGCCGAACCCUCUACAUGGAACUCCACGAAAAACGAUGCCGAUGUUGCCUUUACUUACUACUGCGAUAAUGAGACCGUUGAUGGCGUCGAGUUUCCAGUCUCGCCCUCCGGACCCAAUUUGGUGGCCGACAUGAGCAGCAACUUCUUAUCUCGCGCUGUUGAUGUCCGGAAGCACGCCGUCAUCUUCGGCGGCGCUCAGAAGAAUAUCGGAACCACAGGCAUCACAAUUGCUAUUGUUUCAAACGCAAUGUUACCUCCGCAGGCUGAUAUGGCCGACCCGACGCUUCUGCGAAAGCUGGGGCUGUCUGUGGGACCGGUCGUUUUGGACUGGCCGACCGUGGCAAAGAACAACAGUCUGUACAAUACUUUGCCGAUUUUCGACGUUUGGAUUGCUGGGCAAGUCAUGCAACGACUAUUGGACAUCCACCCGUCCUCUUCCGACUCAAAGAUUGCUGGCCAACAGGCGGAGAGCGAUCAAAAGUCUGCACUCUUGUACUCUAUCUUAGACAAGCAUGGCCAAGUCUAUCAAGUCGUGCCUGACAAGAGCGCUCGGAGCAGGAUGAACAUAUGCUUUCGGGUCAAAGGAGGCGAUGCAGAAGCAGAAAAAGCCUUUGUUAAGGGCGCCGAGAGCCAAGGACUGUUCGGCCUUAAAGGCCAUCGUAGUGUCGGUGGCAUCCGCAUCAGCAACUACAAUGCUGUGCCAGUAGCCGCAGCAGAGAAGCUGGCUGCAUACUUGGAGACAUUUGCGAGCCAGUAAUCGACUGGCUCGUGAUUUAAGAAAAGAUUAAUCCGAUGAUACUAUCGAAAACGCAUUCUAUUGUCACAAUGAGGGAGUAACUUUUGCGAUUCAUCGACCGACCCUGUGGCGAUUCCACGAUCAGCAGCAAUUUCGCUACGUUGGUUCUCAUAAUCCGUUGGAGAUAUCACUAUAGAUGACCUGUGUAGAUUUGUUCGCGUCUCGAAUUGAACUUGGGUGAAAGGAACAAGCACUGAGCAUCGAACAUUGCUGUGUGAACACAACGCCGCACGCUUUCGCGGAGUCACGCCCGCGUGUGAUUCUCACACCAUCAUGGCACUGAUGAAGGACGAUCUCUGUUAGAGUACGCAGCCUGUUGAACGUACAGGAGUGCUGUGUCCAAGGAUUCGAACAGGAACCAUGACGCACAUUGAAAUACAGUCGGGAAACAUCCCCCCGUCGACCCUUACCUGUCAUGUCAAAUAGCUGACUGCAAAGAGACUUCUCAUCACAAGUU